AUGGCCCAAAUUCUCCGGACCAACCAAAACGGCAGCUACCAGCCCGCCGAGCCUUCGCUGGGUCGAAGGCAAAAGAGGCAACUUAAUCCUAUUUUAGAGGAGGACAGCGAUGAUGGUCAAAUCGAAAUGCCUUGCGAGAAUCCGCAAGUCACGUCCCAUGCCUGGUUUACACCCCAGAGUGACCACUUUCCAACCCCCCGCGGUGUCAACUUUCUCUCCGCUCCAAUUCUUCCAUCAUCUCCGUCCACAGUUUCCGGCGACACCUCUCCAAUGACGUCUUCCAACCCGUGGAAUCGUGUUAGCGUCGCGACAGACAAUACCGAGUUUGAGGAUAUUUAUGACGUUUCUGACCAAGAAGACGACCUACCCCGGAGCUACUUGCACAGAAGCGUGUCUGUCGCCAAGAGUCUGCCGUCGACCGAAGGGGCGCCCAAGUUCCCGCAACGUUUGGUUAUUCCUUCAAGCCAAAUCGAGGACUGGCCUGCUGUCGAUGAGUUCAAGAAGAUCGCAUCACCACUUCCGCUGACACCGUCGGCGCAGCUACCCAUGUCCCCGGCCCAAAUCAGCUUCAUGGGACAUCAGCAGGCUCUCCACGUGCCAUCCGCGCCACCCUCUCUGGAUGGCAGCUUGACAUCUGAGCAGCUCGCCGCGAUGAGCUCUCCGCCUACACCCAUAAUUGGCAAUGAUCAGGCUCCCGAGGAAGAGAAAUGGGCCGGUGUGCGACUGCAGCCUGGAGCACUUGCCACUCUGCACACACUGUCAUCCAACGAUUCCGAACCCGAGGAAGAAGCUUCACAGCCCUUGGAGACCACACAGAUGCAGUCCAUUUCGCAAAGCCAAGAGCUUCCGUUGCGUUUAAUUACCGACCUGUUACAGCCUCGUCCCCGCACUUCGACUGCCACCCGCCAGUCGCUCUUGGAGCUGAGUAAAUUGGACAUUCCUUCCCCUGCUGGUUUCUUCUCUGGCCUGUCCCCAAGAUCACGCCACACAUGGCAUCUGCCAAGUCAGUCUCCGGGCGGCAUGGCCCCGCCUACCUCGACAACUGCAGAGCAAUUCUAUCGCUGCCCGUGGAACCUUGACUCGGACAUUCCACCUGUUCCCAGUCGACCGGACUCGGCAGAGGGCUUCUAUCGCCUUCACGGAUGUUCUUCGGAGCCUGUAGAGCAAUUUGUUGAGAUUCACGACGAUAACGAUGGUGUUGAGGAUGAUAUGCCAACUGCUCGCCCAAUCCUCCCUACCCCCAAGGCGUCCGAAUUCAACAAGGCUGAUGUGGCUCCCUCAUCCCCCGACGUCGAGGAGGCUCCCGUUCCUACCGAAAUUGUGGCCGACUAUGAUGCCGGCUACGCCCGGAAGCAACAAAAAGCUGCCCUGUCCAAUUUUGACCGCACCGAACUCUGGCUCUUGGCUCAGCGAUCCUAUCUCAAAGGUGUGGAUGAGACUGACAACCGUGCUCUCCAGACCAUUGCCGAAGACAUUGAUACGGAUACGGAGGAACCUGAAGAAAAAGAGAAUGAGGAAUCGCAAAAGAAAGUUGUGCGAUUUUCCCACAUUCUGCCUACAGUUCAGGCCAAACGUCUACCCUCCAAGCUUCUUCGCCAAGAGUCUGCGUACUACCGUGCAUUCCAAGACUACAUAGUGCGCACACAAGGCUCAGAUGUGUUCGUUCACCAACUCCCACGGUUUGAGGCUCUCCAGGGUCAACGUGUCGGCCUCCGUGAGAUUCAUAUUAACCAGCUCCUGGGCAAGUACCAGCUAAGCGUGGUUCCUCAAUCGGCCAAGAAGCGUCUUAGCGCCAACGUGGUGCGAGGUGACCUCAACUUGACAGACGACCCUGAGAAAAUUCGAAGAGAAAAGGAGCUGGAAGCCAUGAACCAGAUUGCCAUGCCGUCUUGGCACGUCGCUGCUCUCAAGUUUCUCAACGGUGGACGGCUCAUUCGCGCUCCCAUCACCAAGCGUCUGGCUAGAAUCUCUCUGGCAACUAUGAACCAAGAUGGCAAGACACGCAACAGGGCUCGCAUCCUUGAUCUCGGUGGGCAGGCUACUGGCGAUUGGGCCUGGCAUUGUGCUCUUCAGUACCCCAACACCAAGAUUUACACAGUCACGACCAAGGCUAUCCGUCAACUGUCCAACGCCAACAUCCGGGGACCUCCGAAUCACCGUCAGGUUGCCGUAGAAAAAUUCAACCGUCUUCCAUUCCCCGACAACCAUUUCGAUCUCAUUUCAGCCCGCGAGCUCCACAGCAUCCUCAAGUUUGUCGGCGAAAAUGGUGAAGACGAAUGGGAGACGUGCAUGCGUGAGUGUAUGCGUGUCCUGAAGCCUGGCGGCUAUCUCGAGUUUUCCAUCCUCGACUCCGACAUCAUGAAUGCUGGUCCUCUUGGCCUGGCAAAGAGCGUUGAGUUUGGCUUCACCCUAAAGACUCUUGGGUACGACCCGAGCCCAUCCAAGCUGUGGCUGAGGCGGCUUGCGCGCGCCGGCUUCACCGACACGCGCCGUGCCUGGAUCUGCCUGCCGAUGGGAGCCCAUCGAAGCUUUUACAAGCUGCCCGCCGCGUCUGGUUUGGAGGGGAGACGAGACGAGGCGGCGCAGGUGCGCCAGAUGGAGGCCAUGACCAUGGGCAGCGCCGCAAGCGUUGCGGCCGUGUGCAGCAUUGUCGGCGGCUGGAGCUGGGAGCGCUGGCUGCUGCGUUGUGAGAUGGAGAAGGUGGCGGGCGAGCUGCGCCUGGUCGACACGGUGACAGCAGGAGAGUCGAUGAGAGAGGCGGGCAAGUGCCUGAAGGGAGUUCACGAUGUAAUGGAGGAGGGCCGGGGAUGCCGGUCUGGCUUUAGGAUGUUGACUGGGUAUACGCGGAAGCCUGAGAUUGAUUAUUCGUCCAUUGCCAUUGGAUUUUGA